GGAUUUUUGGCUGGUUCAAAAAUUUAUGUUGAUUUUGCUGAUAAAGAUGGAGAAGAAUUUGAUAAAGCAUAUGACUUAUUAAUAGAAGAACUUAAACGAAAUGGAUUGAACGAUACCAAUGGAAAUAAAGACAAUACAACGACCAGUGGAACUGUAACUGAAACAGAAUCUAAACCGGAAGAACCCAAAAAAUCUAAAGAGUCCCAAAAACUAGAAGAAUCGAAAAAAUCUAAAGAACCAAAAAAAGAAUCUGAGCAACCCUGCGUUCAAACAAGACAAUACUUAAACGUUCCUUUAGCAUCAAUGUGGAAUGAUCAACAUGUUAAAGAGUUUCUAACUGAUCAUCAACUUGAUCAAUUAUUACCUAUUUGUGAAUCGAUGGAUGGUGAAGCAAUUAUUGAAUUUCAUCAUUCAUGUGAAACAAAACCUGAUAUUAUGUAUGGAUUAAUUAAUAAAUCAAAAGAACAUCCAUUAUCAUUUGGUAUUUAUUUUAAAUUUAUUGCUAAAUUAAAGAAGUAUUUACCACAAAAAUCAAUGCGUAAAAUUUAUUUUCAAUACAAAUUUGUUUAUCCGUCAUCGAGUACAACUGAAUCAGCAACAACAGAAAAAGAAAAUAAUCAACCACUAUAA